AUGUUACUUUUGGAAACUUCUGAUGGCGAAUUAGUUGAUCGUAUUUGUCCAUGGUCACGUUAUGUACAACGUCCAGAAAAAGCCAAUGUAUAUCAUGGAGUAUUUUAUAAUCUAUCGGAGGAUCAAAUUUAUAAAUUUAAAUAUCCUCAACCAAAAAAACGUGAUCGAUUAAAAAUUUAUGAAGCUCAUGUUGGAAUUAGCUCAUCAAAAGAAGAAGUUUCUACAUAUGAAAAUUUUCGUAUUAAUGUUAUUCCUCAUAUUGUCAAACAAGGUUAUAAUACAAUUCAAUUAAUGGCUAUUAUGGAACAUUCUUAUUAUGCUAGUUUUGGUUAUCAAGUAACCAAUUUUUUUGCUGCAUCAAGCCGUUAUGGUACACUGGAAGAAUUAAAAGCAUUAGUUGAUGAAGCACAUAAACACGACUUAACUGUUAUACUUGAUCUUGUGCAUAGUCAUAGUUCAAAAAAUGUUCUUGAUGGACUUAAUAUGUUUGAUGGAACAGAUAGUUGCUUUUUUCAUGAUAGUCCACGUGGUUAUCAUAUGCUUUGGGAUAGUCGAUGUUUUAAUUAUCUGGCACGUGAAGUAAUGCGAUUUCUUCUUUCUAAUAUUCGAUAUUGGUUAGAAGAAUAUAAAUUUGAUGGAUUUCGAUUUGAUGGUGUGUCAUCAAUGCUUUAUCAUUCACAUGGCCUUGGACAUAAUUUUUCUGGUACAUAUAAAGAAUAUUUCGGUUUAGCAACGGAUACUGAUUCAUUUAAUUAUCUUCAAUUAGCUCAUCAUGUUAUUCAAACACUUUUUCCUGAAUCAAUAACAAUUGCUGAGGAAGUGUCAGGCAUGCCAACAUUAUGUCGACCACUUGCUGAAGGUGGUGCUGGUUUUGAUUAUCGUUUAGCUAUGGCGAUUCCGGAUCUUUGGAUUAAAUUCUUUAGAGAUAUAAGGGAUGAAGAUUGGGAAAUGGGUCAUAUAACAUGGGUAUUAACUAAUCGUCGAUGA